UAAAAACAAAACGAAGAAGACGACGAUGACGACGUAGCCACAUGCUGCGGAAGUAUAGUGUUAACUACAAGGUUUUUUCUGAAUUUACAUUUCAUAGCGUUUAAUAGCCAUUUAAAGAUUGCACCAUGUCGAUUUCACUGUUAAGAAGGGGACUCGAACUGCUUAAUGAAGAUCUGAAAGGUGUGGCCAAGGGUCCGAAGAAAAAGUGCACCAAGAAAGCAUCAGUGAUGGAUCAGAUUAGCACCAAUAAGCAGGGUGUUAGGAAGCAGCUCCGCCGACUGCAGCCCCACAACACAACCCGAAAAAACAAAGCCACAGUCAAAGACAAGCAGAUCAGAAAUGCCUUAGAGGAAUACAGAAAGAAACAGAAGAAAAGUCAGCUCAAUUCCAACCUGCAGUAUUUCCUGGGAAACAGCUAUAAAAUGCAGACAAGCUGCACACAGAAGAUCGUGCAUCAGAACGUAGGCCGUCAAUCCCGGCACCAGCCAGAGAAACCCGUCAAGAAACAAGAAAAACAAUCCAUAUUCACCGAGGCGGAAUUCCAAAAGUUCCAGGAGGAAUACUUUUCUAAUCGUUGAUAUCAAUAUUGACUACUGUGGACACUUGUAUGAUUAUGUGGGAGAGGAAUCCUGCAUUCCAGGAACAUGUUUGGAGAAAUCACAUGAACAGACAUACAGAAAUCCAAUUUCCAUUUUUGACAAACAUGAAUAGUUUUCAAGUUGUGUUUUUCAAAUAAAUAUUUGUUUGAUGGUUUGCCAAAA